ACGCCAUUCUCCACGCUCUUUUGCUUCUUUUCCUUGUUUUCAAUGCUGGAGGGUUAUUGACGGGCCAUCCAACCGCUGCAUCAUGGUCAAGGACAAGGACGGCGACACCGUCGCAACGUUCAAUGGAAAAUGGAUAUCCUAUUCGCAUACCGCCAUGGCCUACAGCGCCUUUGUCGGAGCCCUCGUAGUCGGAAUAGGGCUACACUACCACAAGAUUGUACAGAAUGAAUUCUACGGCUACCCAGAUGAGUGGUUUCCCUCCGUGUCUGCGACCAUCGGCGACCGCUACCCAGAACGCUCCGUCUUCAUGCUCUUCAUUGCUCUUACAUCCGGUCCUCGAUUCGCACUCGUCGGUCUCUGGUAUGUCUUGACUCGUCGUCCGAACUCGUCCCUCCCCAAGUUCAUUGCUGGGGUCGGUAUCUUCCGAACAUUGACCUGCGGAGGAUGGACAUAUGUGACCUCUACCGAUGAUCAUGACUGGCACGACAUCUUCAUGAUCUCGUAUCUUGUCGCAACCCUGCCAUGGACCAUAGGCUGUCUCGCGCUUAGUCCCCAGAAUGCUACUGCUAUCAAGUACAGAAAGAUUUUUGCCGGUAGUUUCUUCGCGACACUUGUGCCGCUGAUUUACUUCUUCAUCCAGCACAAAGUUCACCACGUUGCUGGAGCGUACACCAUCUAUGCUUUCUUCGAAUGGUCCCUAGUCUUGCUCGAUGUAGCCUUUGAUGCUGUCACAAUGAUUGAGUUCCAGCACUUUGAGAUUGUAAUAAAAGACGUACGAGGUCUAUCUCGCGUUGCCGGCUCCAAGUCCCUCUCCGAUGCUGUCCAAGAGAAAAACCAAGAGAUUGGUGCAAUAUUCUCCGGCGCCUUCUCCUGGUCAGGACUCAUUUACGCAGCUGCAGAUGUCUACAAUGGAUUUGUCUUCUGGUCCAUGUUGACUUCGCUCGGCGUGUGUGUGUGGUACUUCCCUCUCUGGCACAUGGGCAUUUCCGGCUAUGAGGCCUUGGUCAUGUGCACUGUUACACCCUUCUUCCUCGGCAUCAAGCCCAUCCGCUACCUUGUCACGCGUUACGUGUGGUUCUUCCACCUGCUUUCGCUUUCCGGGCUCCUCGCCUUCCUGACCACGACGCCUGUGAACCGACUUUUCGCCGUUGGCUUUGGCCUGUCCAUGUCAUGUCUGGCAUGGUCGGCCACCUUCUUUGCAGAAAGGUCACAACCGCACCGUCUCGAAGGGCGUAUCACUGCGUUCUCCAUUGGCCUUAUAGCCUCGAGCGUUGCCAAGUUUGCUUUCUGGACAAACAACCCCAUCUGGCCAAUCAUGCAUGAGGAAAACGGGGGCUGGAACAAGACUGGUCUUGUAGUCGCCUUUAUCGCUAUUCUUAUAUCAACACGAUCGACCGCAAGCGCUGGCGCUGAUAUACCAGCUCAGGGUCCCACCAAAGGAUCCUCGGUCUUUGCCAGUUUCGGUCUUGGUGGAGUACUCUUCGCCAUGCACUCUUUACUGUCCGAUUCAAGUACCAUGAUCUCCUGGGUAUGGGAAGGAUACCCUGUUCGCGGACCCCUGGCCGUCCCUCACGGUACACUGACCCUGUUUGCUAUGGGUGUUGGACUUAUGAUUGGAUUGUUCGCGCCAAACCUUUCGCGGUCAUGGGCCUUUUAUGGUGUCGGCUCGAUUGGUGCUGCCUUCUUGACCACUACUAGCCACUGGACGGGAUUCUAUGGUGCUCUUGUCCUGGCUACAUACACCAUGGCAGCAGCACCCAUCCUCAUUUCACACGCCGCUCGUCACGCACCAGGUCGCACCUUUGGCCUUGCCUUUUUGGUAUACAACUUUAUGGUACUUUUCCACGUCUGGGUCGUCGCAUAUGCCUUUGUUCCUGGCGGCCCUCUUGUCCGCGAACACACUGACUGGGUUAUGACAUGCAUGAUGCUUCAGAUUGGCGCAGGUGUCUUCAGCGUCUCUGCGCAGCCACCAGUGCUCAAGAGCUACAAAGGCAAGGCUGUCAUCACUGCAGCCGCCAGCCGACAGCGUUCAUACUACAUGUACAUCCUCGGUGUUCUGGAGAUUAUCGCUGUUGCAGUUGCAUACCUACGUUUCCCGUCUUACGACUACAAGCCGUACCACCCAGAGACUAAGUCCAUCACAGCCGGUAUCUGGACGAUCCAUUUCUCUCUAGACAACGACAUGUGGUCAUCCGAGCACCGCAUGCGCGAUCUAAUUAAAGAGCUCGAGCUCGACGUCAUCGGUCUACUCGAGAGCGACCUGCAGCGCAUCAUCAUGGGCAACCGUGACUCGACGCAAUUCCUCGCCGAGGACCUAGGCAUGUACGUCGACUUUGGCCCCGGCCCCAACAAGCACACAUGGGGCUCCGCUCUCCUCUCCAAGUUCCCCAUUGUAAACAGCACACACCACCUCCUCCCCUCGCCCGUAGGCGAACUCGCGCCCGCCAUUGAAGCCACAAUCGACGCCUAUGGCGAAAUGAUUGACAUUUUCGUCUUCCACUCCGGCCAGGAAGAAGACCCAGAGGACCGCCGCUUGCAAUCCGAGUACCUGGCCGAGCGCAUGAAGGCCACGCCGCGCCCGGCCAUCUUGCUUUCGUACCUCGUCAUCAAGCCUGGAGAGGGUAACUACAAUACCUACGUUGGCGAGAAGAGCGGCAUGAAGGAUAUUGACCCGAGCGAUUGGGAUCGCUGGUGCGAGUACAUUCUCUACAAGGGGCUCAAGAGGACGGGGUAUGCCCGUGUCUCUAGACAUACGAUUACGGAUACCGAGUUGCAGGUUGGUAAAUUCGUAGUUGGUGAACCCGAGAAUCCCAGCAAUGAGCUUGUGCAUGAGUCGCAGGUCCCGGCUGGAUUGAGGUUCCCGGAUUUGUUCAAGGGAGAGGGUGUUAGGGGCCAUAGGUAUCAUGUUUUCAAUGAGCCGAGGUACUUUGCUUGAUGAGUCGGACGAAGAAAGGAAAGGGAAAAGAGGUUGAUGAGGGGAAAAAAAGUGCGUCGGUUAAGAAGAGUGUAAGCCGGGGGUGUGGUAGUGGGGGUUGUUGGAGGUCAAGUCUGGUACUGUAUAGACUUGUGUAUAAGUAGUAAAGUUUUUCUUAUGUAUUGGGGAAUCGGAUGUGAAGAAGAAGAAGAAGAAGACAAAAAAAAUCAUCAGUCACAG